AUGUCAGGGGAGGAAGAGUUCUACCUGUUCCGCAAUAUCUCCUCCGUGGGGCCCUGGGAUGGGCCUCAGUACCACAUUGCUCCCGUCUGGGCCUUCCGCCUCCAGGCAGCCUUUAUGGGGUUUGUCUUCUUCGCAGGGACCCCACUCAAUGCCAUAGUGCUGGUGGCCACACUGCGUUACAAAAAGCUGCGGCAGCCCCUCAACUACAUCCUGGUCAACAUAUCCCUCGGGGGCUUCCUCUUCUGCAGCUUCUCUGUCUUCACUGUCUUUAUCGCCACCUGUCACGGAUACUUCCUCUUUGGCCGCCAUGUUUGUGCUCUGGAGGCCUUCCUGGGCUCUGUAGCAGGUCUAGUGACAGGAUGGUCUUUGGCUUUCCUGGCUUUGGAGCGCUACAUUGUCAUCUGUAAGCCCUUUGGCAGCUUCCGCUUCAGCUCCAAGCAUGCACUGAUGGUGGUCCUGGUUACUUGGAUCAUUGGUAUCGGAGUGUCCAUCCCACCCUUCUUUGGCUGGAGCAGGUUCAUCCCUGAGGGCCUGCAAUGCUCCUGCGGCCCGGACUGGUACACGGUUGGCACCAAGUAUCGAAGCGAGUACUACACCUGGUUCCUCUUCCUGUUCUGUUUCAUCGUGCCUCUUACCCUCAUCUGCUUCUCCUAUUCGCAGUUGCUGAGGACUCUCAGAGCUGUGGCAGCUCAGCAGCAAGAGUCAGCUACGACCCAGAAGGCUGAACGGGAGGUGAGCCACAUGGUGGUGGUGAUGGUGGGAUCCUUCUGUCUCUGCUACGUGCCCUAUGCUGCCCUGGCCAUGUACAUUGUCAACAACCGUAACCAUGGGCUAGACUUACGGCUCGUCACCAUCCCUGCCUUCUUCUCCAAGAGCUCAUGUGUCUACAAUCCCAUCAUCUACGGCUUCAUGAAUAAGCAGUUCCGGGCCUGCAUCCUGGAGAUGGUGUGCAGGAAGCCCAUGAAUGACGAAAGCGAGAUGCCUGGCUCUCAGAAAACAGAAGUUUCUACUACCUCUUCUAGCAAAGUCGGCCCUCACUAA